AAUUUCUUUUUUGAGUGCAUCGAAUCACAGUAUCAUACUUCUACACUUUUUACCAGGAAAAAAAAAAUGCAUACAUGUAGACUGUGUCUGCAUCUUCUAUUUAUUUAAUUUAUGUAAUAUGUAAUACCUAUUUUAUUUUCUUUUCUUACAAUGCAAUACCUAAUUUGAUUAUUUUGUUGGGUUGCUUAAAACAAACCUGAAUUUUAACAUCAAUCAAUAAGUAGAGUUUAAAGGGGAAAGAGAAGAAGGAAUCCGUGAUCUCCAUUUUCUUCUGCAGUAGCCAACAACCAAUCCAACCUGUAAGAAACCCUAGCCCUUCUCUCCGAGAAUCCUGCAAAAAUGGGUUGGGAUUUGAGCAUUUGAAUUAGCGAGAACUUGCAAAAUUGGAGGAAGAUUUUAGAACAUUCCGAUCUGCUUUACGUUUUCAUCGAUCACCAUUUUAUUUUAUUUUAUUUUAUUAUGUAUCUUAUUGUAGUUAGUUUAAUAGCUUCCAUGCCCAUCAUCAUCGUCACCAACCUCCCAAAUCGAAACACCAUAACCGGAAAAGCCAAGAUCUUCAACGACCCGUUAACCGGAAGAGUCUCAAAACCCAGACUUUAGCUACACCUACUUCUCAGAAUCCUUUCUUUCACCGGAAGAAGCUCGUAUGCCCCAACACCCACAAAGAGAGAAAGAGAGAGAAAAUAGUGGCUAUGGGAGCUGAGAGAAAAUGGCUUUUCACGCUAUUCAGUGCAGCAUUCCUAUCCCUCAUGCUUCUGUUGAUGUCUUCCUUCUCUGCCUUUAGCUCUCCAAAGCCUUUUCCUUCUAUUGUUCAACGUGGUUCUCAUUACCCUCCUGCGUUUGCAUACUUUAUCUCUGGUGGACACCAAGAUAAGAACCGGAUCUUUCGUUUGUUGUUGGCAAUCUAUCAUCCUAGGAAUAGGUACCUCCUUCAUCUUGGGAGGGAUGCUCGGGAUGAAGAGAGGCUGGCUCUGGUUGCCGCCGUGAGGUCGGUGCCGGCGAUUCAGGCUUUCGGGAACGUUGAUGUGGUUGGCAAGGCUGAUUGGGUCACCUACUUGGGAUCCUCCAAUGUUGCUAUCACUCUCCGUGCUGCGGCUAUUAUGUUGAAAUUGGAUAGUGGGUGGAAUUGGUUCAUCACUUUGAGUGCACGUGAUUAUCCUCUGAUUACUCAGGAUGAUCUGUCCCACGUAUUCUCUACCGUUAGGAGAGACCUGAAUUUCAUUGAUCACACUGGUGACCUUGGAUGGAAAGAGGGUGAUAGAUUCCAACCUAUUGUUGUUGACCCUGGGCUAUAUUUAGCAAGGAGAAGUCAAAUUUUUCAGGCUACAGAGAAGAGGCCAACACCUGAUGCAUUCAAACUAUUCACAGGUUCGCCAUGGGUCAUCUUGAGCCGACCCUUCCUGGAGUUCUGCAUUUUUGGUUGGGACAAUUUACCUCGAACACUGCUGAUGUAUUUUACAAAUGUGAAGCUAUCUCAAGAAGGCUACUUUCACUCGGUCAUUUGUAAUGCACCAGAAUUUAAGAACACAACAGUAAAUGGUGACUUACGAUAUAUGAUCUGGGACAAUCCGCCAAGGAUGGAUCCACACUUCCUAAAUGCCUCUGUUUAUAAUCAGAUGGUAGAAAGUGGUGCUGCUUUUGCAAGACAGUUUGAAGUUGAUAACCCUGUGCUGGACUUGAUUGAUGAAAAGAUCCUCAAACGUGGUCGCAGUCGAGCUACUCCCGGAGCAUGGUGCUCUGGGAGGAGGAGCUGGUGGGUAGAUCCAUGCUCCCAGUGGGGUGAUGUCAAUAUUGUUAAGCCAGGUCCUGAGGCUAAGAAGCUUGAAGGGUCUGUUUCUAGCCUUCUUGAUGACUGGAGCUCCCAGACCAAUCAGUGCCAGUGAAUAGACACAAAAAUAGAAACAUUUUAGGAGCUGUGCAGGCUAUUGCACCUCGAUUCAUUGACCAGUAGAAGUCGCCAUUUGCUGAAAGCACAUUCUUUGGUCUCCAAAGUGUAAUAUCAAUCUUGGAAGAAGGGACUCCUGUCAUAACAGUGUUUGUAAGUGACUGUUCAUAACAACACAUCAGAGUUUGGCUGUAUCGUUUUGGAAGCUUAAUAUUUGUGGUGGAUCCUCCAUUUCCUUCAAUCGGUAGGAGGGUAUUCCGUCAUGAUUCCAUUUUCAUCAUGUUGUAUGUUCUGUAUGUCUCCUCAUUACCUUAGUGAUUCUGGACGAGUAGAGCAGAAAGUUCAUUCUUUUUAGAUAUACUUGUCAUUUUCCAAUUUCUUACCCUUUCCCUUUGCAACUUUUAUAUUGGAUUUUUGCUAGUUCUAUUAUAUAGCUUUCCACGUGCUGCAUGUUACUGACUAGCAGAUUUUCAGAUGGAUGGAAGAUGUUAAAAGAUGGUAAGUGGGGGGGAUCAGCGGUUCCUCAACUUUAUUGGUGUUGAAUCUAGUAAGUGAAACAGUGACGGCUCAGUCCUUUGGAGGGUUAUGUGAAAUUGUCUCAUAGUUCUAAAAAAAAAAGUCUUCGUAUAGUUCUCUGGGCCACAUAAUGGUGCCCCCUUCAAGUUUUAGACCCUCGGUGUUAUUAUUUUAAUAUUUAUUUACAGAAUUUUGAUAUUUGAUAAGUUAGUUAUCAAAACUUUUAAAUUGCAGUUCUGAUCUUCAAUCUUC